ACACAUUGGCCCAGCAGCGGUUGAACAGCGUCCUUGCACUUUACUAGGCUGCAGCCACUGCCAUCAGCUCAACUUCUUCAGCAUCAUUUCAGCUUUCUCUGCUGCUGCUGCUGUUGGCGGAGCGUACCAGCCCCACUGCCCGGUCCUUUUGCUGUCUGUAUGCAGUGGAUACAUCGUUGUCCUUCAUAUUUUCAAGAAUUGGAAAUAGGCGUAUCUGUUUUUUGAUUAAUCUAAAAAAAAAAAAAAAAGAACAGCCUGUGCCAAAGACAAGCUUCGGCUAUACUACCUAAAGACACAUAACCGAGUCUUGUUGUUUAGGUUUACUUUGAUUGAGUCCACAUCAAACCGCAGUCAUGGAUGAGAUGGACUUGCCUCAGAUGAAGAAGGAGGUAGAAAGCCUCAAGUACCAGCUGGCCUUCAAAAGGGAGAAAUCCUCAAAGACAGUGACAGACCUGGUGAAGUGGAUUGAGGAGUGUGUGCCUGAUGACCCCUUCCUGAAUCCUGAGCUGAUGAAGAAUAACCCAUGGGUGGAGAAGGGCAAGUGUGUGCUUCUAUAAAAGAGUAAUAGCAGCAGCAGCAGCAGCCACCCCAGUCCUAUGCUGAGCCUCCACCAGCCUGACAGGAUCACAUGGCACUUGCUCUCACUGUUUCAUACCCUCACCAUGAAUGUACAGCAACUUAGCACAUACACACACAUGCACACAUCAUUAGCCCCAUAUAGACACUUGCAAGAUUUGAACUUAGCCAUGCAUUACUAUUCUAAUUAUAACUAUCAAUAUAUCUUUAUAGUGGAAUUUCUCUUGCCUAUUCACAAUGUUGUCACUGCCGCUUGCGAGCUUGAUCUUGAGUUCAAGCAUGUAGUGUUGACUUCUAAUUGCCAGAAAGAGCCUGUUAGAUGACAGACUGCAUGACAGAGGAGCAAAGAACACAGCAUGCCCAAAAAAAAAAACAAAAAAAAAACCUCUAAAGCUGAUAUUUUAAGAAGCCAGAAAAGGCAGCAAAUUCGUGAGCUUUGCCUCUGUUGUUCAGCCUGUUCAUUUCUCCUGCAGGUCUAUGCACUAUUUACACCACACUCAGCACUCUCACCCAAGGAACAUGUACAGAUCUUUUUUAUUUAUGAACUUAUUUAUGAUCAGUUAUUUAUUUAUUUAUGGUUUCAUUCACUACCGAAGCUGUCGGCGCUGACUGCUUUUUUAGAAGCUACAAUGGACCUGCUGUUGUUCAGCUGCACCCUUCCUUCAUUGAAAGUGAAAGGAGAAAAAAAAAUUGCAUCUUGCCAGUUCACCAUCGAUUACUGCCUUGUACACAAUUUCCUUAAAAAGAAUGUAUGUGUCGUGAGGGAUCAGUAAACCAUCAGCACCCUUAAGCAUUGAAUGGAUAUGCAAACGGAUGAGGUUGUGCACUGGCCAAGGCUUUUUUUCUUAGCUUAAAGGAAUAUAAAUGAAAAUUUACCUUUACCUUUGCUUCACUUACCUUUAUGCCAUCCAAGAUGUGUAUGUUUGUCUCUCUUCUGUCUGUCAGGUCCUUAUAAUAGAAGUACACGGGUGCCAGCACUUUGACGGUCCAAAAGGCAUAUUUAAGCAGCAUUAAAGUAAUCCACACAACUCCAGUCGUUCAGUGAAUGGCUUCUGAAGCAAAUUGAUAUGUUUGUGUAAAAAAUAAAUAGAUAAUUAAAAUGUUAUUUACUUUUAAAAAGCACUUCCUGCCAGCAUCUGAUGCGAAGCGUGACGUAAGUGUGUCGGUGAGUUCAUGCGAGAAUUCGGAAGCGGCACUUAAUUACAACAGAAGAACGAACAUCAUGCAAGAGUUCAGCCAUUUCAAACUGCAUCAGAGUCUUGGAUGGAAGCGCCGAUUUAAAGUUAAAAACGUUUUAAUUAUCAACUUGUUUCUUAUAUAAACAUAUCGAUUCACUUCAGAAGACAUUCAUUGAUCAACUGGAGUCAUGUGGAUUACUUUUAUGCUGCCUAAAUAUGCCUUUUGGACCGUCAAAGUUCUGGCACCAUGUACUUGCAUUAUAAGGACCUGACAGAGAUCUAUCUUCUUCUAAAAAUCUUCAUUUGUGUUCUGCUGAAGAAAGACAGUCAUACACAUUUGGGAUGGCAUCAGGGUAAGUGAAUAAUGAGAGAAGUUUCAUUUUUGGGUGAACUAUUCCUUUAAUAGCUCUUGCACUUACUGUAUGAGGAAAGGCAAGAAUGUGGGGUUAAUUUAUGAAUUUUGAUUUUUGUUCAUGUUUUUAUAUAUUCAAACAAUAGAAACCUGUCUAAUUAUCUUGAUGUGUGUUACAUUUGACAAUGCUUAGAGAAAAUAUGCAUACGAUCAAGUAGUUUAAUAACAAGCAAUAAGCGAUUACAUUUUUUAUUGAAUGUUUUACAACAAAAAAAAAACACAUCUUAUUGAAUAAAGUAGAGGAUUUUUA